AUGGGUAAUAAUAUGUUAAAAGCAAAAUCUCAUAAUGUCUUUCGUAAAAAAGGUGAUAUAUUAAAUACAAAUAAUUUAAAGGCAGUACAUAUAGAAACUUUCUAUCCACCUUUAAAAAGUUCGAAAAAAGUUUCUGUCUGUAGAUGUUGGAAAUCUUUUAAUUUUCCUUACUGUGAUAAUACUCAUCAAAAAUUGCAACAACAAGGAGUAAUUUGUGGACCUUUACUUUUAGAAAUACGUAAAAGCAAGACAGUACGUUCUCCUCAAUAA